CAUUAAGCCCAAAGAGCAUCAGGCACACACACACACGAACACACACACACAGACACACACACAAUGGCUCUUAGACAGGGAACAUUAGCCGUCUGACCAGCAGCUGGUUCUGCCUUUCUGUCCCCUUCGUGUGUUUUGGAGAUAAGAGGCCAACAUGUGAUCCCUGGCCGCUCAGCCUUCCUCUGCUCACUUCUUUUUUUCUUACGCUGCUCUCUCACUCUCCCUCCUUCCUUCCAUUUCCCUUUCACUGUCAUUCUCUCAGCUCUUCGUUCUAAUUUUGGAAGCAUGGAACCUCGGGGAGCGUUCUCCCAAAGCUAUUUAUGUCCUUGCCUCUCCUCCUCCUCCUCCUCCUCCUCCACCCCCUCCUCCUCUCCUCUCCCUCUCGUCAGCCAGGAGGAGAACAGCAUGAGGAUCCUUUGAUGCACCAGAGCAGGGGAAUUCGGCUUCUCCCUGUCUCUGUAUUUUUGUUGUGUUGUUAGCUGUGGGAAGCAGCAGAGCGGCUGCAGCAGCUCCGCUCUCCAGCCGAGCCCUCCCGUCACUCCUCAGCCUGGAAUCGCUCGCUCUUUUCAUCAGGAGCAACCCGUUGGCUGCCUUCUGGUCUUGGUUUGAGAGUUGUUAGUGGGUAAGGACUCUCACAGGCUUCUCAGCACACCAGAAGAAAUCAACUUUAUUUCUUGCUUUUUCUGCAACACUGACCCAAAAGGCAGCUGUCAGCGCUCAGGAGCUGGGGAAGUGCAUGGACCAGGACCCCAGGUGAUGCACAAGUUACAUUUCUCUGCCUGCUCCUUUCUGGGAUUGAACGAGCGGAUUUCUGCAACCUGUUGCUGAUGCGAGGAGGAUAUUGUGUUUGGUCUCAGUGACUGGUCAUCACAGCACACACGGAGCAGCAGAAGCUCCACAUCACUCUGGAGGCUGGAGCUGAAGCAGACUCUCUGCUGGAUUACACAGUUCAAGCUCAGAGGAGUCCUUUCGGUUUUUGUGAUGGGAUUUGUUAUCAUUAUUUUCUAUAAACUUUAAGAUCCUUUUUGCGAUAGAGGAAGUUUUCAAUUUAGCCGAUUGUUCCUCUUUGAAAGCACAGCUCCAUGUUUGUGGAUCUGGGUCUUUGACAGCUGGAGUCCUACUCUAAGCCAUGGCGGUCUCCCCAAAGAGAAGCUGACUUCUUUGAUUUUCGUGACAGACUAGAGGCUGCCUCUUGUCUUGGCAUGCUGUUGCGUCCCACAGUGUCAGGAUUGUGCGCCAUGUUGCAGACCAUCUAUGAGACAGAGUCCUGCUUUUCCUCCUCGAGCACCGACAGCCACCAUCAGCCUCUGGAGCUCCUGAAUGGCAACGGGGGCUCCAGCGCUGCCAUGCCCACCACCGUAGUGGAGGUGGAGAGCAGCCUCCCGUCGGGGAUGCAGAGCCCGGUGGGAACAGCCAACGAGCACAGAGGAGGAGGUGGAGAGGCUGGUGGGGAUCCAGGGGAAGGCCCAGGAGGAGUAGGAGGUGGAGGAGGAGGCCCGAUGGACCUGCGGACAGAGCCCAGGGUUGGCUCCCUGUCCGGGGGGGCAGCGGCGGUGGACACGACCUUGAGAGAGCAGCAGCUCCAGCAGGAACUGGUGAUUCUCAAACAGCAGCAGGAGCUCCAGAAACAGCUUCUGUUUGCAGAGUUCCAAAAAAAACACGAAGUGCUAACAAGACAACACGAAGUCCAGCUGCAGGAGCACCUGAAGCAACAGCAGGAGCUGCUGGCAGCGAAGCGGCAGCAGGAGAUGGAACAGAAGAGGAAACUGGAGCUACAGCGACAUGAAGAACAGGAGAAACAGAGACUAGAGCAACAACUGCUGCUGCUGAGGCACAAGGAGAAAGGAAAAGAGAGUAGGUUACUACUGAUGUCACAACCAAGCCAUUCACAUGUGGGCGCUGUGACUGAAAGUCUUUGUGUGUUUCCCGAAGGUGCCAUUGCCAGCACGGAAGUGAAGCUGAAGCUCCAGGAGUUCCUGCUCAGUAAGAAAGAGCCUGGUCCCGGUGGACUGAACCAUUCCUUCUCCCCAAAAUGCUGGGGACACACCUCCCUGGAGCAGGGCUCUCCUCCGCAGAGUAACACCCCAGGAACUCCUCCCUCCUACAAACUGCCUCCGAUGCUUGGGAACUACGAGGGCAAAGAUGAUUUCCCGCUCCGCAAGACGGUCUCGGAGCCCAACCUGAAGGUGCGUUCACGGUUGAAGCAGAAGGUGGCGGAGAGGCGGAGCUCUCCACUUCUCCGCAGGAAGGAUGGAACGGUCAUCAGCACCUUUAAGAAGAGAGCCAUAGAGAUAUCAGUGUCCUCCCUCUGUAACAGCGCUCCAGGUUCUGGUCCCAGCAGUCCCAACAGUUCCAACUCAGCUAUCGCCAAUGGAAACACGGGAUCAGUCCCCAACAUCCAGACGGAGCUGAGGUCUCUCCAUCAGACGCUGGGGGCCGAUGGGACACUGAGUCCCCUGAGUCUCUACACUUCGCCCUCGCUGCCAAAUAUUUCCCUGGGGCUGCCUGCAAACACACACAUCACGGCCCCCCAGAAGCUGACUGCCCAGCAGGAGGCGGAGCUACAAGCCAUCCAAUCCCUGCGAGGAGGCGGAGCUCUCACGGGGCAGUUUCUGUCCACGUCCUCCCUACCCGCAGGGGUCAUACACGACGUGGAGACUCCGCCCACCAGCUCUCAUUCGGCCCAUUCCUCAUUACUGCAACAUGUUCUACUGCUGGAGCAGGCCCGACAACAGACUGCUAUGCUAGCUGUCCCCAUGUACAGCCAGUCGCCGCUGGUCACGGCAGAGAGGGGCGUGUCAGGUGGGAUGCGCACGGUCAACAAGCUGCCUCGCCAUCGCCCGCUGGCUCGUACCCAGAGUGCACCUCUGCCCCAGUCCCCCCAGGCCCUGCAGCAGCUGGUGGUUCAGCAGCAGCACCAGCACUUCCUGGAGAAACACUACAAGAUGCUUUCCAAGGGGGCUGAACUUCCCAGGCCACCCACCACCCACCCAGAGGAGACGGAGGAGGAGCUAACAGAGACCAACGACAUGCAGGAGGAUGACGGAGGGAUGGGACCUCACAGGCUUCAGAAGGAGGGGUCAGACGACAGCACGCCCUCCUCUGAGAGACUCAGCAUUCACCUGAAGCUGGAGGAGGAGCAUGGGGGCAUGCAGGUGAAAGGGGAGAGUACCGAGAGUGAGCUGGAUGAAGAGGAGGAGGAUGAAGAUGUCAUCCAGCUGGAGGAGGCUGACGAGGAGGACCGGGGGAUGUACACGCAGGCCUUGCAGCAGAUGGGCGUGUUCCAGUUGCCCCACAGACCUCUGGGACGAGCGCAGUCGUCCCCCGCAGCCACCGUCAAUCUCAUCAAACACCUCUUCACCACUGGCCUUGUAUACGACAGUCUGAUGUUGAAGCAUCAGUGUGUGUGUGGCAAUGCUCACAUCCACCCAGAGCAUGCUGGGAGAGUUCAGAGCAUCUGGUCCAGACUGCAGGAGACAGGCCUGCUGAACCGCUGCGAGAGGAUUCGUGGGCGUAAAGCGUCUCUGGAUGAGAUCCAGUCCGUUCAUUCAGAGUUCCACACUCUGCUCUAUGGAACCAGUCCACUCAAUCGACAUAAACUGGACCACAAGAAACUGCUGGGUCCAAUCAGCCAGAAGAUGUACGCUGUUCUUCCCUGUGGAGGCAUCGGGGUGGACAGCGACACGGUGUGGAACGAGAUGCACUCGUCGGCCGCGGUCCGCAUGGCGGUGGGCUCGGUCAUCGAGCUGGCCUUCAGAGUGGCGGCAGGCGAGCUGAAGAACGGCUUCGCAGUGGUGCGACCGCCAGGCCACCACGCCGAGGAAUCCACCGCCAUGGGCUUUUGUUUCUUUAAUUCUGUUGCUAUCACCGCCAAGCUGCUGCAACAGAAACUAGGAGUGGGCAAGAUCCUUAUUGUGGACUGGGACAUUCACCACGGUAAUGGCACACAGCAGGCCUUCUACAGCGACCCCAGCGUCCUCUACAUCUCCCUCCAUCGGUACGACAACGGAAACUUCUUCCCUGGCAGUGGAGCUCCUGAAGAGGUGGGAUCAGGUGCAGGUGUUGGUUUUAAUGUCAACAUAGCAUGGACUGGAGGAGUGGAGCCCCCUAUGGGUGAUGUGGAGUACCUGACGGCCUUCAGGACUGUGGUGAUGCCCAUUGCCCAGCAGUUCAGCCCAGAUGUGGUCCUGGUGUCUGCAGGCUUCGAUGCAGUGGAGGGUCACCAGUCUCCUCUGGGGGGCUACAACGUUUCCGCCAAGUGUUUCGGUCAGCUCACGCAGAUGCUGAUGGGUCUGGCGGGGGGGCGGGUUGUCAUGGCGCUGGAGGGUGGUCAUGACCUCACCGCCAUCUGUGACGCAUCGGAGUCGUGUGUGUCUGCGCUGGUGGGAGACGCGUGUGACUCUGAGUGUCCGUGGCCUCAAGAGACGCCGUGUCCAAAAGCCUGUGCCUCUCUGGAGCGGGUGAUAGAGAUCCAGAACAAACACUGGCCUUGUCUUCAGAGUUUGUCUCAGACCAGUGGCCACUCGCUACUGGACGGCCCACUUGGGGCUCAGGGCCAAUCAGAGAAGGACGAGGCAGAAACGGUCAGCGCCAUGGCGUCGCUCAGUGUGGACGUGGAGCAGCCCGGCUCCGGUCCUGGGAACUCGGGAACCAGCAGGUCCACAGAGGAGCCAAUGGAAGAAGAGCCUGUGUUGUAGGAGGAGCUUAAAGCGGAAGCGCACAGAACUCGAUAUUCACCUCCUUCUAGCACCUCCUCUUCCUCUUCCUUUUCUUCUUCCUCCUUGGAGUUUGUGUUGGCACACACACACAGUGGAAUUGUGCUGUUGAGGAGGACUCUGAUAGACUGAGGAGAACAUUACGGAGACGGGGGGGUUCAUCAGCUCCAGGAGGAGCAGACGAUUUGUUAGCAUCUCCGAUGGAAGCCCGAGGAGGGGAGUGGCAGCAGGACCUGCACACAGCACCACUGAACCCCUCCCCUCCACCCUUCACUCAUCGGGGGAAACCGUAGUUUGAAUCCCAACAGGACUCCAGGCUGACGACUUGUCUUCUUGUGAGUCUGACGCUGCACCAGAGGGACGCGGGUGGAGGAGGAGGAGCGAUUAUUCAAUGAGCAAAGGAGGAGGAGGAACUAGGUGCCUUGUUUUCCACAAACCGCACCACCACCGCAGCACCUCAGCAAACCAACCAGCCAAUCCAGACUCACAAACACAAACACACACACACACUGCUGUUGUUUCACACAGUUCAUUUUCAAUCUGUCCAGUUGUGAGUCUUUGUUUCUUCAUCUUGAUGCCUUAAUUUGUUCUUGUGUCACUAUUUAACAACCAGGACGGAGAGAGAGAGAAACCAGAUGAUUCAGAGAUGAAUCCAAGCUGCUAAGAUUUGUAUUUCAACCUGAUGAUGUUCACGUCCGAUGUUCCAUCAGACUUUGAUUUGUGUCUGAGGGGGAGGAGCCUCUGAAGCCAUCGUUACACUAGAAACAUCCACUGAAGAUCUUCAUUGAAUAUUAAUAUUUAUAUAAACCAUAAUAUUCAAUCAGACUUGGAUGGAAUCUGGUGAAAGUGUCUCAGGAUCAGCUCAGUUUUAGCAGAAUUCAGAGUUUUAGUCACAUCACGUUAACUUCAGCCGUGUCUCUACCCCCCCCCCCACACCUGAAAUUGUAAGAUGAUCGUUUGAUGUAAAUACCGUUCUGCCCUGUUGCGUCACAGCAGACUCAGUGUGGUCACUUUUCUAAAACUGUACAUACACAUGUGUAUAAAAAAUACUUUUUUGUAUAAAAAAGCUAAAUUAAUAUUAAACACAAUAUGCAUACACUAUUAUAUACAUAUAUAUGUAUGUAUAUACAAACACAUGCACAUACACAUAUAUAUUUAUGUAAACAGUGUUGUAUCCAAUCAGAUUGGAUCUAUGAAUAUAUUCUAUUUGGAGAUUUGAUGUUUUAGCUGUUUGACAGGAACUAAGCACUGAAGUCUUCGGGUCGGCACCUGUGUGUGUCUCUUUGUGUGUUUUACAGACGCUGGCUGUUGUUAAGGUGGUUGAUGUUGAUGUUGUUGUUGGUGAACAGUGACGGUCAGUUCCUCAGGCAGGUCCAGGACCAGGCAGGGAGCAGGCAGGGUGAUGAGGUCAGAGGUCAUGAUUGGGUAAAGAGGUCCAGUAACAGGGAGAGAGCUGAGGAGUGACCUUCGACCUCCUGGACCGAGGGUCUGAACUGAGAUAUCACUGAGCAACAUGUGUUCAACAUGUGAAUCCAUCAAUCUUUUUAAUCUACACUAAAAGACUAAUAACACUAUUAAGCUUGUUUACUUAUUGCAUUUCCUCGACCUGAAUAAUUUGGAACUGCUAAAAUCCCUGUGUUUAGUAGAGCUGGUGUAAUUACUGCUACUGCCUAAAGGGGGAGACAUGUUCUGCACUGCAGCUUUAAAGAGGAGAACCGUCUGAUUAUGUUUUGUCGGAAGGACAUAAAUUAAUUUAGUGUAUUUUCAAUUUCCACACGUGGAAACAGCAAAAAUGCCAAAAAGAAAAGACAUUUAAAAGUUCAAAUGUCAUUACUUUCCUGUUUGUGUCUGGCGGCGGUUUAAUUAAUUUAGUUGUGCCUUCUUCCACAAUGUUUUACUUGCACAUAUCCAUGAAUAUUUAUUUUUUAUUUUUAAUAUAAAACAGUAAUGGAUAAAAAGUUAAUACUACUAUUGAUUAGUUUCAUCUUGUGACCCCUCAAGCUUUUAAAAUUAUAACUGAUGGAUCAUUUAAAAAGUUAUAAUCACAACUGUUAAAUUAAUUGGAAAAGUUGGUAAAAUUAUGUAAUUAUAUUCACACCACUGAAAAACAACACAACUGUUUAAAACACUACACAAGUUUAUAACACACUGAGAGCAUCAAGACGCACAGUGUGAUCCUCACGUCUGUUUCAUGUGGUGACCGGUGACGUGUGUUUCCUGUCGUCGCACAACUACUUCUGUCAAAGAGCAACACAAUAUAUGUCCUGAGUGCGACAAACACAAGAGGUGAACUGUUACUGUUCAGAUUUGGUGGCAGCUGGAGGACACACACACACACACAGUUUGUGGAGUGAGGUUUUAUCACAGGCUCUGAACAUUUAAAGCAACACAAUGUGAGUGGUGUUGACACAGUGUGAUGGUUUGUGUUGUCGGUCACUUCCCCAGUCCAGAGGCUGCACAGCUUUACUGUCGCACACAAACACACACACAGACUCACUUUUUGCUACACGAGUUCCUACUGUACAUUUCUUGAUAUGUUUGAUACUGUGGUGUACAUGUAGUGUCCUGCUGUGAUUGGUUGAGAGGUCGGAGCUGUCCCCUCGUCUGUUUGUCCUCCCUUUGUCCCUGAAGGGAGACCCCCCCCCCCCCCCCGUGACAGACUGACAGUUUGAAUCAGUUCCUGUCGGAGCUGAUCACAAGCACAUUCCUGACUCUUCUUCGUCUGUGCUGUUAAAUCCAGAUCCUUUCCUGUUGCGACGAUACGUGUUUAAUUCUUUCUGACUCACAUGUAUAUAAACGUGCAUAUAUACGUGUACACAUGUGCAAUACACGCUAUUCGAGCAAUCUAUUACUGUGACUAUUAUUGAUGAUUAUAUUUGUCCCCUUUUCGAGCUUUCAGCCCUCUUCCCCUCGUCCUCGGUGUUGCAGGAGCUUGAAAAGGGAAAGUGACUCUCGUGACUCUUCGGUUUCAUUUCAGGCUUGUGGACGUUUUGACGAAGCCCUUUUUUAUUAGUCUCACUGUAAUGUUGUGACGUUUCUCCUGAUUCUGUUCCUUUGUUUUUUUUAAAAGUGGGCCUGUUGUUGAACUUGUCUGGAAACUCAAUAAAGCAAUUCACUGAU